CCGCCGCGUUCACCUCGCGGAGCCGGGGCUGCCCGUGACACCGGGAACACCGGGAACACCGGGAACACCGGGAACACCGGCACUGCCGAGGCUGCCCGUGACACCGGGAACACCGGGAACACCGGGAACACCGGGAACACCGGGAACACCGGCACUGCCGAGGCUGCCCGUGACACCGGGAACACCGGGAACACCGGGAACACCGGCACUGCCGAGGCUGCCCGUGACACCGGGAACACCGGGAACAACGGGAACACCGAGGCUGCCAGAAACACCGGGACGUCGGGAGCAGGGAUCGGGGUCCCCGGCCCAGCCCGAGGCGCCCCCCGGCGCUGGGAGCACUGGGCAGGCUGGGAGCAGCCAUGAGGGACGCGCUGGGAGCCGGAUCCCUGCGGAGCCUGGUCCAAGUUGCUUGGAUGUGCCUGUUCUCCGUGCCGCACGGCGGAGCCAAGGUGCUGGAGAAGACUUUCGAGGAGUGGCUGCGGUACCGUGACGAGUGCCUGAGGAGGAUGGCGAGCGAGCCCUACCCAGCAGGGCUGUUCUGUAACAGGACAUUUGACAUGUACGCCUGCUGGCCCGACGGGAGCCCCGGCACCGCCGUCAACGUCUCCUGCCCCUUCUACCUGCCCUGGUUUGAGAAAGUGAAACACGGGCUGGUGAGCCGCAGGUGUGGCACCGACGGCCAGUGGGUGACGGUGAACGGCAGCCAGCCCUGGAGGGACUACUCGCAGUGCGAGGAUGAGCUGGAGGUCACCGCUGAGGAGGAAGGCGCCCGCCGGCUCAUGGUCAGCUUCAAGGUGCUCUACACCGUGGGGUACUCGCUGUCGCUGCUCACCCUCAUCUCCGCCCUGCUCGUCCUCACCGUCUGCAGGAACCUGCGCUGCACCAGGAAUUACAUCCACGCCAACCUGUUCGCCUCCUUCGGGCUGCGGGCCACCUCGGUGAUGGUGAAGGACGCGCUGCUGGAGCGGCGCUGGGGCGUGCAGCUGGCGGAGGUGGCUGACUGGGAGGCGCUGCUGAGCCACGAGGCAGCGCUGGGGUGCCGCGCGGCGCAGGUGCUGAUGCAGUACUGCAUCCUGGCCAACCACUACUGGUUCCUGGUGGAAGCUGUCUACCUCUACAAGCUGCUCAUCGGGGCCGUGUUCUCCGAGAAGAAUUACUACAGGCUCUACCUCUACCUGGGCUGGGGGACCCCCGUGGUGUUUGUGGUGCCCUGGAUGGCGGCCAAGUACCUGAAGGAGAACGCGGAGUGCUGGGCGCUGAACGAGAACAUGGCUUACUGGUGGAUCAUCCGCAUCCCCAUCCUGCUCGCCUCCCUGAUCAACCUGCUCAUCUUCAUGCGGAUCCUCAAGGUGAUCCUGGCCAAGCUCCGGGCCAACCAGAAGGGCUACGCCGACUACAAGCUGAGGCUGGCCAAAGCCACCCUGACCCUCAUCCCCCUCUUCGGGAUCCACGAGGUCGUUUUUAUCUUCGCCACCGACGAGCAAACCACGGGCAUCCUGCGCUACAUCAAGGUGUUCUUCACCCUCUUCCUCAACUCCUUCCAGGGCUUCCUGGUGGCUGUGCUGUACUGCUUUGCCAACAAGGAGGUGAAGUCCGAGAUGAAGAAGAAGUGGCAGCUCUGGAAGCUCGACCACCCGGUGCUCUGCUGCGCCCAGUGAGGUGGUGACCAGCCAGGGUGGAGGGGCUGCUGGCCACCAUGGCCACAGGGCCUGGCUGGAGGGCAGGGGGCUGCAGGAAGCUGUGCUGGGCAGUGCCCAACCUGGGAUGGCCAGGCUGGGACCCGUGCCUGGCUGUGCCACGCCAGAGCUGCCGGAAGGGACAUCCCUGCUGUCACACGAGUGGGGUGGCACCGCUGGCUCAUGGCUGUCCCCUCGGCAGGGCAUCACCGGGGACAGCACCAGCAGAAGCUGGCGGCCUCCCCCAGGACCCCUCCCACCCGGGGAACCCCCGGGACAGCCACACCCAGCCGGGCACCCGCGGGAUGGCAGCAGCCGGGGGCAGCCUGACCUCAGCACUGGGAACGGGAGAUGCUGCCCAAACCCUGCACCCUGGGCCACACCUCAGCCAGGGCUUCCCUGUCCUCCCCUGAAUCCUAGCCCAGGACCAUCUCCAGUGCCAUGACAGCUCCCAGGCAUCCACAGCCACCCUGUAAAGCUCUUGACAGCGAGGGGCUGCUCCUGCACCUCCUCCUCACCCUCCUCACCAACACAGAACAGCAGCACGCAUCCCCCCCUCGCUGCUCUCCAGCGGCACAAACCCCUGGGGCCUCUUGCCAUGGGCAGAGCCAGGGAUGGAGCCUCAAAAUCACUUGGGAGUGAAGGAUUUGAGAGCAGCAGUGCACUGGGGCAGAGCCCAAUCUCCCCCAUCCCAGGUUCAGCAUCCAGCCCGGCCUCCUCCUGCUUUGUGGGGGAAAGCUGGAUUUCCAGGGCUGGCAGCAGCUCAGGAACCAUUUUGCUGGGCAAAGGCUGAAAUCCUGGGAGUUUGCUUUGCAAAGCUUCACCCUCCCACCCUGGUCAAGCAGCCUGUGGCUCCCAGGAGCACAGGAAGCAGCUGAGGUGUGUGGUUUGAGCAGGGCUGCUCCUGUCCUGGUCCUGUGACCUCCUGGAGGAGCCCAGAGCAGCUGGAGACAGCCCCAGCCCCUCAUUCUGGCCCUCAGGGGCAGCACGGACACGCUGCCAGAGCCUGUCCCCACCCCAUCCCUCCCUUUGCCAUGCACAAAGCCCCUCCAGGCUGGAGGAAGCCGCUGGGAUGCUCCAGGAGAUGCCCAAGGACACAGGAGGUUCUCCAGGCCUUGGCAGGCUGGGGGAGCCUCUCCCAGUGCCUCACAGAGGAGCUGCCUGGAGCACACAAAGCUGCACCCGGCUGGAGUCACACAGGAACGAUCCUGGAUCGAUGGAACCUCCACCAGACCAUUUUACACAUUAACUCUCUUUUCAGAUGUAAAUAAAUAUUUAUUUUUCAGCAA